AUGGGCGAGAGGCCGGAGCGGGAGCGGAGCCCCAGGAGGGCCGGUCGCUGUCGCGCCGUCCUGCUCGACCUGGACGACACGCUGGUGCCGACCAGCGCCAUCGACCAGCAGGCGAUCGGCGCGGCCGCGCGCCUGGCCGCGGAGCGCGGAGCGGGCGAGGGUGCAGCGCCAGAGGCGAUCGCGGAGAGCUUCAAGAAGUUGCUGAGGGCGGAGCCCUUCCCGCCCGCGGGCAGCGGGGCCUCGCUGGCCGAGUGGAGGACCGCGCUCUGGGCGCGGGCCAUGGGGCGGCCCGCGGCCGAGGCCGCCGCCGUGCACGACCACUGGGCCCAGGAGCGGCUGCGGCUGUUCGUGUUCCCGGAGGAGGUGAGGGGCCUGCUGGAGCGGCUGAAGGACCGCUAUCCGGAUGGCGAUCGUCACCAACGGCCACGCCGACGUCCAGCGGCCGAAGCUCGCCGCGUGCGGUGCGGCGGCGAUCUUCGGCGAGCUCGCCGUGGUGUCGGGCGAGCAGCCCGAGGCGAAGCCCCACGUCUCCAUCUUCCGCACGGCCCUGCAGCUGCUCGGCGCGGAGCCGUCCGAGGCCAUCAUGGUCGGGGACUCCCUGGCCGCGGACAUCCGGGGCGGUAUCGACGCCGGCCUCCUCGCCACCGUCUGGGUCCGCGGAGCGCAGCCCGACCCCGACCCUGCGGGCCCGCAGCCCAGCCACACCAUUCGGGGGCGCUGGAGGCCGUGCUCGACGAGCUGGGCUCCCGGUAG